CACAAUUACCUAGUUGUAGUGAACUCCUUGAACUAUCCCAAGACACCCCACCCGGCACCCCACCCCCACGCCAACACACCAAGCUUCUUGCUUUUAGAAUCACAUCCUAAAAUAUUUCCAAAAAAGAUUCCACCUUUUUUCCUUUUUGUCCUUCAAUUUUCACUCAUUUUUCCCAACAAUGGAUCCCAUAAACUUGUGAAAAUCAACAUUCUAACUUCCUACCAAAGAACCCCAUUUCCAAAAAUCUCAAGAAUUGAUACAGAUUCAGUUCAAAUUUUAGCCAUUUUCAAGAACUAAUACAAAGGUUUUCAAGAAGAUUAAAAAUUGUGUUUUUGACCAUUUUUUGUGGGUUUUUUUUGCAUUGAACAACAAGGACUUAGUAAAAGGAGUAAUGGGUCAACUUUGAAAUCAUUGAGUUGCAGUGUUUUUUUCCUGGGGGGGAGUGAGGAGAAAAAAGUUGGAUUUUUGAAGUAUGAUUGAUCAGUUUAUCAAUUUUGUUAUUCGUCCACCAAGGGCAGAUUACAAUCCAGAUCAGUUUUUAUGGGAGAAAGAGUUCAGUCUUGGGGGCAGAAAGUACAAAAGAGAAGACUUUGAGCUUAAGAAUGAAAGAGGCCAUACCUUGCGAUGCAGUCAUUAUACUCCAUCAUCAUUUCCUGAUGGUGCUCCUCUUCCUUGUGUUAUAUACUGCCAUGGAAACAGCGGCUGUAGGGCUGAUGCAAAUGAGGCAGCUGUAAUACUUCUUUCAUCAAACAUCACUGUGUUAACCCUUGACUUUUCGGGUUCAGGCUUGUCAGAUGGUGAUUACGUUAGUCUUGGUUGGCAUGAGAAAGAUGACCUCAAGGUAGUUGUGUCACAUCUGAGAAGCAACCUGAACGUAUCACGCAUAGGUCUAUGGGGGCGAUCUAUGGGUGCAGUUACGAGCCUUCUAUAUGGAGCGGAAGAUCCUUCUAUUGCUGGAAUGGUCUUGGACAGUGCUUUCUCUAACUUAUUUGAUCUAAUGAUGGAGCUUGUAGAUGUCUACAAAAUCAGACUUCCUAAAUUCACUAUAAAGGUUGCUGUGCAGUAUAUGCGACGUGUCAUUCAGAAGAAGGCAAAGUUUGAUAUCAUGAGACUUAAUUGCUUACAGGUUGCUCCUAAAACAUAUAUUCCUGCUCUCUUUGGACAUGCUAAAGAUGAUAAGUUCGUUCAGCCUCAUCACUCUGAUCUCAUUUAUAAAUCAUAUGCGGGUGAUAAAAAUAUUAUCAAGUUUGAUGGUGACCACAAUUCCUCCCGACCACAAUUUUAUUAUGAUUCAGUGUCCAUUUUCUUCUACAAUGUCCUACACCCUCCUGGGAUUUCACCAACUAAAAGUAAAAUAGAGAAGUAUUAUGAUUUAGGGGACAUAAAGGUCAGUGCUGGAAUGGAUGAGAAUCUCUUGUAUGAGAUAAUUGCAACUCUUCGGAAUGUUACUUCUGAUACUGCAAGCUCUUCAGCUGUGCCACCUAGCAUUUCAACAGCGAAGUCUGCCGGCGAACUCCUUGCUGAGAUUGCCCCAAUUGCUAGUCUAAAUGAUCCAUUAAUUAAUGAAGGAGAAGAACUUAACGGUCAUGCCACUCCACAAAGAGAGGACAAGCAAAGUGGCGAAAAUGAUGACUGUUACUCUUGCACAAGCUCAAAUCGCGAGAGUUGGGGAAGGUGCUCUUCUCUAGGAAGUGAUGGUGAGAUUUCCACAGAUUUUAUAGGCGCCGCCAGUAGCAAGCAGAUUACUGUAGAUGUGCUUGCGACCCCUCUUCGCGGUAGCCAACCGCUGGACUCAUCAAAGAAUGACAGAAAAAAGAAAGCUGCAGAAAACACAAAGAAGUCUAAGCGCGAGAAGUUUGAAAAGUUGGAAGCUCUUAGCCAGCGUUUACGGCUUUGUUUUCAGAAGAGGAUUAACCAUAGGAGAUACAGUUCCUCCUAACCAUCUUUUGCUACACAAUGCUAUUGACAAGCUCUGUACCAUAAAUGGAGAAGUUGACAACUUUUUCUUUAGUGGCUCUUUUGUAUGUCUAGCAAUAGCUUAGGUUUAUGUAACUAAUUUUAACUCUCCUUAUAAUGUUCAAUUUGUUGCAAUUGGUUCAAGGAAAAUCCAAUUCCUGUUAAA